GGCUCUAAAUGCGCGGCGUCCGCGGAGGCGGGGUCAGAGCGCAGCGGCCGAUCGCAUCGCGGCUCCCGGAGGCCGCCAGGCAGCGGCCCGACCGGGCACUCAGGAGCACGCACCAUGGAUACCUUCAAGGUUGUGCUGGAGGGGCCAGCCCCUUGGGGCUUCCGUCUGCAAGGGGGCAAGGACUUCAAUGUGCCCCUCUCCAUCUCUCGGCUCACCCCUGGUGGUAAAGCUGCCCAGGCCGGGGUGGCUGUGGGAGACUGGGUACUGAAUAUCGACGGUGAGAACGCAGGAGGCCUCACGCACAUUGAAGCCCAGAACAAGAUCCGCGCCUGUGGGGAGCGCCUCAGCCUGGGUCUUAGCAGAGCCCAGCCUGUUCAGAGCAAACCACAGAAGGCCCUGACCCCUCCCGCCGACCCCCCGAGGUACACUUUUGCACCAAGCGCCUCCCUCAACAAGACGGCCCGGCCCUUCGGGGCACCCCCACCUACUGACAGCACCCCGCCGCAGAAUGGACAGUUGCUCAGACAGCUGGUCCCCGAUGCCAGCAAGCAGCGGCUGAUGGAGAACACGGAAGACUGGCGGCCGCGGCCGGGGACGGGCCAGUCCCGCUCCUUCCGCAUCCUUGCCCAUCUCACGGGCACAGAGUUCAUGCAAGACCCGGAUGAGGAAGUCAUGAAGAAGUCAAGCCAGGUGCCCAGGACAGAAGCCCCAGCCCCAGCCCCAGCCUCAACUAUACCCCAGGAAUCCUGGCCUGGCCCCACCACCCCCAGCCCCACCAGCCGCCCACCCUGGGCCGUGGACCCUGCAUUUGCUGAACGCUAUGCCCCAGACAAAACCAGCACAGUCCUGACCCGGCAUAGCCAACCAGCCACACCCACGCCUCUGCAGAACCGCACCUCCAUAGUGCAGGCCGCAGCUGGAGGGGGCACAGGAGGGGGCAGCAACAAUGGCAAGACUCCUGUAUGCCAUCAGUGCCACAAAAUCAUCCGCGGCCGAUACCUGGUAGCCCUGGGUCACGCAUACCAUCCCGAGGAAUUUGUGUGCAGCCAGUGUGGAAAGGUCCUGGAAGAGGGUGGCUUCUUCGAGGAGAAGGGAGCUAUCUUUUGUCCUUCCUGCUAUGAUGUGCGCUAUGCGCCCAGCUGUGCCAAAUGCAAGAAGAAGAUCACUGGAGAGAUCAUGCAUGCCCUGAAGAUGACCUGGCACGUGCACUGCUUCACCUGUGCUGCCUGCAAGACACCUAUUCGCAACAGAGCCUUCUACAUGGAAGAAGGAGCCCCCUACUGCGAGCGAGACUAUGAGAAGAUGUUCGGCACAAAAUGUCGCGGCUGUGACUUCAAGAUCGAUGCCGGAGACCGAUUCCUGGAAGCGCUGGGCUUCAGCUGGCAUGAUACAUGCUUUGUUUGCGCAAUAUGUCAAAUCAACUUGGAAGGAAAGACCUUCUACUCCAAGAAGGACAAGCCCCUCUGUAAGAGCCACGCCUUCUCCCACGUAUGAGUACCUCCCACCCUACCCCACCUGAAGGGUGAAAAACCAGAGCAGUCACCCUCUACCUUCCUGGGUAGGGCUGGCAGUAGCUGUCCCAGCCCCAGCUCCUGGCCAGAAUCCUGGGGUUCCCUCUUCACCGUCCCCAUCCCUGUUCCCACACUUCCUCCACCACCUUCACUCACUGGUGCUGGCUUCCUAGCCCCAGUUCACUCCGGUGCCACAAUAAACCUGUAUCGUGCUGUGCGCUGCGUGCCUGCCCGCUUUGCAUUCAGAACGGUGGGACUUGAGGCAGGAGGAGGUUGAGGGUUAAGACAGUGCUUGGGGCUGACCCUCUUCGUCCUCCUGGGGAUGUGGAGGCCACAUGGUCACUGGGAAGAAGUACAGUUGGACCCUGUGGGCUGACUGCCCACAGAUGUGAAGGAAGCCACUGGUAGGAGGACUUGAGGGUGGAGGUGGGCUGUGCCUGCCAGGUGAGACACACAUCGUCUGCCUUCCACUAUCCACGCCUAGAAAACCAGAACAGAGGGGAGGUCAGGCUGGGCGGGACGGAGUGCUGGGUUCAAGUCCUACAUGGGGAUCUGCAAUGUCCUGGGGACAGUGUGGACACAGAGAGGACCCAGGGACAAGCCCCAGGAUGCCUGGACAAUGUUGCUAGGUAUCUUAUUACACACCAGAGGCCGCUUGCUCAUGCCGUGCUCCCACCCACCUCGCCAGGUGCCUGCCAGUCUUUUUUUUUUUUUCAA